AUAAGUCACAAAAGGCGUCACGUCUUACGUCGCUUCAUGAAAUAUGAACCACAGUUUCCUAAAUUUUAAGGAAGUAACGGGAUGGGACUGACUGGCUGCAGUGCUCAGUGUUCGUCUGUGAUGAACAGACGCGGAGUCAGUUGGCGGUGAGUUGUUUUAAUGAGAACAUUUGACAGAAAAAACGACGCGGAAGAGGCCGGAAGCUGCUUGGGAUUUUGGAGCCAUGCUGGUGUUUUUUUUUUAAAUGUAGUUUACUGAGAUAGCAGCAGCUGUCCUGAAGAAGAGGAGGAGGAGGAGGAAGGCUGUACGGAGAGCCGCAGGUGUUUAACUCGAAUAAUUGAAGCGUCCACUCCUGCUCAUGGUAAAAAGAUGAGCUGGGCCGCCGGGACGCAGUGUGUAGCCAAGUCGGACCACAGGAAGACAAAACCUGGAGAACUGCUGUAUCACAAAGGGGACAUCCUCACUAUUGUUGACACGAGCACGAAGAAGGGAUACUACAAGGCCAAACACAACAGCACAGGAGAGGAAGGACUCAUUAACUCCACCAAUGUGCGCGAAAGAGAGGCUCUACGUGUGGACCCCAGUCUCAGCCUCAUGCCCUGGUUUCAUGGGAAGAUCUCCGGUCCAGAGGCGGUGUGUAAGCUGCAGCCGGCAGAGGAUGGCCUGUUCCUGGUUCGUGAGUCCAUUCGCCAUCCUGGUGACUACGUCCUCUGUGUCAGUGUCUCCGGAGAGGUCAUCCACUACCGCGUGAUUUAUCGGGACAACAAGCUGACCAUUGACAACAUGCAGUAUUUCUACAACCUAAUUGACAUGAUAGAGUUUUACUCGACAAACAAAGGCUCCAUUGCCACAACCCUGCUGAAGCCCAAGCAAAAACAAGGAACCAAGUCAGCUGAGUUGGAGCUGUCUAAAACUGGAUGGCUGCUGGAUAUUACAAAGCUCAAAAUGGGAGAGAAUAUCGGAGAGGGGGAGUUUGGCGCUGUUUAUGAAGGAGAGUAUAUGGGCCAAAGGGUGGCAGUAAAGACCAUUAAAUGUGAUGUCACAGCUCAGGCUUUCCUGCAGGAGACCACAGUUAUGACGAAGCUCCAGCAUAAAAACCUGGUACGGUUGUUGGGGGUCAUUCUUCACAAAGGGCUUCAUAUUGUGACGGAGCUCAUGACUAAGGGAAACCUUGUUAAUUUUCUCAGGACAAGAGGACGUUCAGUCGUAAACUCAGUUCAGCUGCUCCGUUUUGCUCUUGAUGUGUGUGAGGGGAUGGAGUACCUGGAGUCCAAGAAACUGGUUCACAGAGAUCUGGCAGCUCGUAACAUUCUGAUCUCUGACGACAACGUGGCCAAGGUUAGUGACUUUGGCCUCACCAAGGUGGACUCGAAGGUAUCAGAUAACGCCAAACUGCCAAUCAAAUGGACUGCCCCCGAAGCUCUGAAGAAAGAGAAAUUCUCCACAAAGUCAGAUGUUUGGAGCUACGGUAUUCUUUUGUGGGAGAUCUUCUCUUACGGUCGUCAACCUUAUCCGAAGAUGUCUCUCAAGGAGGUGAAGGAGAGAGUGGAGGGGGGCUACCGCAUGGAGGCUCCAGAAGACUGUCCCCCUGGUGUUUACUCCCUGAUGAGGAUUUGCUGGGAGCAGGAGCCACGCAGAAGGCCUGCUUUCCACAAACUCAGAGAGAAACUUGAACGGGAGAUGGGUAAUCACAGCCCGGGCCCUGGGUCGGAGUGUCGCGAUGGGAUCAGGUCUGGAUCUGGAUGCUGAUCUUGGGUGUGAAUCUUGAGCUCCACCUUGGUGAGAACAGAGUGUCCCCCACAUUGUCACCGUGUGCCGUGUUGUGUGCAUCACAGCACACACUUUCAGCUGGAUUCCUUUAACCUAACAGAUGGGACAGAACAGUCAGCGUGUAAAUCUGGCCAUUGUGUAAUGCCCAUGACAAAUGGUCAAAAUACUGAACCUCGCUUUCAUGAAUCUGAGCAAAAAUGGAUGAAUCAAACAAUACCAGACUUUUACUCCAUGCUGGAAGAAUGGAUGUAUUGAUGGCGAUGUCGCUUUGUCGGUUACUCUGAUCCAGACUGAAAUGUCUUCACAACUAUUGGAUUGCUCCACAUGAAACUUUAAACAGACAUUCAUGAUCUCCCACAGCAUAAAUCCUACUGACUUUUUACAUUAAAAACAUUAUUUAUUAUUUUUUACAACAAAAGAGGAUGGCCGAAAGUGAUUUCAGUUGGACUUCAGAAGGGAAGACCUCUCAUUGUAUGUAUCGUAUGUUAAAUAUAUAUAAUGUAUGUAUCAACAUGUUAAAUCAGCCCGCAGGACAGUGCACAUCAGCCACUGUUUGUGAAGGCUGCUGACACUAUAAAUCUGGAGGAGAGAUCGAUCAUGGGAUUGGAAAAUGCAGGAUACCUUCAGUGUUAUCUCAUUACACGUUAUGGUGAUGUGUUGAAAUUACUGUACUCUGAGUUUGAAUCUCCUAACAUCUCAAUUAGUUGGUCAGGUAAUGCAUUUGCAUUUAGUGUCUGUUUAUUGCCAUGUGAAUACUGUGUCUAUACGAUCAAAAAUCAGUUGUUUUUCAUGAAACAUGAAUUCAGAUAUUUAAAGUCAGGCAGAGAUGUCAAAAAUACAAUAACACGUGUAUGGGAAUGAGAAUGGAAGGAGAGAGAUGGAGGCUUUUAUAAAAGUCAGAAGUCAAAGGUGAACCUUGGCAUGUAUUAUGUUUUUAUUUUAUUUUUUUUCCCCCAGAUUUCUUUUCAAGCCUCACUAUUUUUCACCUUGCUGUUUUUGACACUUUGAUUUAUCCACCCAUCACUUAUCACUGCUUAUCCUUUGCAGGGGAGCUGGAGCAGGGCCCAGCUGACAUUCAGUUCCCCCUGAACAGGUUGCCGGUUCAUCACAGAUCUGACAUAUAGAGACAAACAACCAUUCACUCACAUUCACACCUACAGGCACUAGUUAACCUAACCUGCGUGUCUUUGGACCGUGGGAGGAAGCUGCAGCACCCACAGAGGACCCACUCAGACAACAGGGAAAACACAUGUAAACUCCACACAGAAAAGAUUAAAACUCAGGAAGUUCAUACUGUGGGGCAAGAAAUCACUGCACCACCAUGCCGCAGACUUGGAUUCAGAUUUAAUUUGUUUUUUAAGACUGAAUCAAUGGGAAAUAUGGAAUUUGUUACUUAUUUCUCUUCCCUCUUUACUGGGAUUUUGAGAUUAUAUUGGUGACUUUAUGUUAUCCACCAUCCUCUUGGGAUUUUAGCAGGUACAGAAUGUUUUCUGCUCUCCUGCAGGUGAUCAUUCUACAAAUUCAGUUACGUAUUCAAUUUAUUUAAGUACAUGUAUUACUCAUUUCAGAGGAUGUGAUUGUCAGCCAUAACAGAGAUGCAAUGAAAUGUUCACUUUCGCAUAAGACUGCUACACUUUCAAUUCAAAACUCACCACAAAAUGAAGCCUCCUUUUUUGUUGUCAUGUCACAAGACCAAAUUAAAGAUGUCAUUUGAUUUAAGUCCACGUAAGCCUGGUAUUUGUCUCUGUCCCAGGAGACAGACCCUAAAUUGAGGCUUGAUCCCCUGUCUCUUGACCUUGUACAGCGCAAGCAAGGGUCCUCCACGAUUUGUUCAAUCUGCUAUGUUUCCCAGAAGCUCUCUAAUUGGAUGAGCAGCAAUUUUCUGCACAUGGAUUUAAAACAGAGUCAAAAAAUGAUAAUAAAAGAUUUUGUGUCUUCGAUGGAGAUGAGUUAUACAUUAUUUAGUGAGGGAUUUUUUUCUGAGUAUCAGUGGUUAUUUCCUUGCUGCUGUAGCACAGAAGCAGGAAUAUCAGGACAAAGCUUUCAAAGCUUUUUUUCCUGGUACCCAUAUGUUAAUCACUCUAAACAUGUUUUGUCAGAAGGUCUAAUGCUCUUUGCUAAUACGAGCUAAUCUACUGGAGCAGAUGCAGGGGUUGACACACAAUGAGCUGUCAGCUGUUGCCUUCAGCAGUUCCUGAAAAGAGAAAAGAACAAGGCAGACAUUGAGUGCAGUGACUUUGAACUCCAACAGAUUGCAUAUGAAACAGUUACUAUGUUUAAAUGCUGUUUCGUGCUUUUUUCUUAGUUUGUUUGGAUUCUCUUUGGUCUGAGUUGUUUAUGCAUUUGUUUGCAUUUUACAGAUUUAUUCUGACUUUCCAGCCUCAUGAUGGCCUCCUGGAGUGACAAAAAUGCAAAUUCCAAAUGCAAACAUCACACCAAGAAUUAACUGUAGACGUUUUGCUGAGGUCUUUUUUGCAUAAAGUAAUGAUGAAAUGAAACACAUCUGCUGAACAAACAGCUGAGCAGACUAUCGCUCAAUUACAGUUGGAUUUUAAAAUGUGGAUAAUAUCAAAUUAAAGCUGACAGACUGCACUUUCA